CUCAUUACCUAGAAGCGUUAACUUCUCCAUACUUGGGAGUUCACCGUGAAGGUUAGGCGGACUUUCGCUCUUGGGACCGAAAUCAUCAAUUUCAUAUUUCCUACUUGCUGGACAUUUUCCUCCUUGUUCAUCAAUGACCACCAAAAGGCUGUUUGGAUGGCGAAAGCUGUUUCUGAUCGCCACAGUGCUUCCCUGCUGCAGGAGUUUGGAGGUUUCCAUUCCACAGAAAGAAUAUGAGGUUGCGAGAGGAGACGAUAUUAUUUUGACCUGUUCCUUCGUCCCAGCCAGACCAGUCACCAAUACACUGGUCCUCACAUGGGAAGGCUACCCUGACACUGCUGGUGAACCAAUGCUCCUAGUGGCCACCUACUUCAUAAACAAUCCGAUUAACAUCGCUCCGGGUUAUGAAGGCAGAGCCUUUGUGGAGGUUGACACUGACAGACAAGUCAGCACACUGCGCUUAACAAAGGUGACCAUGCAGGACAGCCGCAGCUACCAAUGCAGUGUCAUGAUCUUUAAUGAUGACGAGGGAACGCCAGCGGCCACCACGUCCCUUCUGGUCCUGGUGCCUCCCUCUAAGCCGAUCUGCAGCCUUAAGGGAGAAGCAGAGUACUGGAAUGACAUCACGCUCACCUGCAUGUCUGAGGAGGGAUCACCUAAACCCGUCUAUGAGUGGAAGAGCUACAGUGUGGAAAACAUUCCCAGACCAUUUCCAAUGAAGACAACCGAAAGGGAUGGAGCUCUAUCCCUCUUCAAUAUUUCAAGAGAAACAUCUGGGUUCUUCAAUUGCACAUCAGCAAAUCGGAUCGGUUCUAACACCUGCUCCUUCACAUUAGCUGUCAUGCCCACCAGCAUGAAUGUUGGGUCCACUGGAGCUAUAGUUGGAGGAGUCCUCGCAGGUCUGGUGUUGCUGGGGAUCGUCAUCUUCUGUUGCUACAAGAAAAAGUGCAAAAAGGACAAAUAUGCUGAAGGUGUCCCUGGAGACGUUGAGUUUUAUGACAAAGAUGCUUCCGAAGCUGGAGAGCAGUUCUGGGACGACAAGUCAACCGGCGAGAAAAAGCAGGUCAACCAGCGUGAAGACGAAGACGUUGUUCCUCAAAACAACUUCACCAGUCGAGCUGCGCACACGCCGGAGGACGAUCAGCACAGUUAUAACAGCGGUAAAGAAAAGAAUGACGAUGGCAGGGGCAGUGAUGUCGACUCUCGGCGUUACCAGGACGACCAGCGCGAUCACCGCCGCGGAAGUCGUGAUAACCUGGACGAUGAACGCGGUCGUUACGGCGGCAGUCGCGAUCGCCUCGACGAUGAACGUAAGCGUGACAGUGGAAGUCGCGAUAGAGUCGAUCAGCGUGAUCAUUAUAGUGGGAGCCGCGAUCGCCUUGACGAUCCGCAUGAUAGUCACCGUGGCAGUCGCGAUCGCCUCGACGAUCAGCAUGAUAGUCACCGUGCAAGUCGCGAUCGCCUUGACGAUCAGCAUGAUAGUUACCGUGGCAGUCGCGAUCGCCUUGACGAUCAGCAUGAUAGUUACCGUGGCAGUCGCGAUCGCCUCGACGACCAACGCGAUGCUUACCGAGGAAGUCGUGAUCGCCUCGACGAUCAACGCGAUGCUAAACGAGGAAGUCGUGAUCGCCUCGACGAUCGGCGUGACCGGUCUGGCGGAAGCCGCGAUCGCCUCGAUUACACUGACGAUCAAAACAGAAACCGGUAUUAAUAAAUUUGAGUUACUGAAUUUCGACAUUCCCUUUUUUUUCUUCCUGCACUAAAAAUAUUCUACUGGGUUUCGGGACCUGAAGCCCUCGGACACGAUGCGAAUGUGAGCUGCACACCGAUUGGUUCAGACUCGGUGCUCGGGGAGGUCGCAGACGACAGAGCCAAAUAGGUGGAGAGUUCAAAACUUAAACUUAACCUCGUGUAUCUUAGCCACACAGACAGUCACGCAUGCACAACGCAGCAACAAGCUAUUGUAGCGCACCCCGAGCCAUUGGAAAGAUUGGUUUCAGGGUGCCGUGGUGCCAUUGUCGCAUUGUGUCCGAAGGCGCCAGGUCACGUCAUAAAGAGACGCCGCUAAAUUAAUCUGCACAUCUUUGCAAAUACUAUGAAUUGUCAUGUAAAAAGCCUAAAUUAUAAGCGUCUCUAAUAUAAGCCGGCCCCACAUAAAUGUUGCAUUUUCUCUUAGACUCAAGUAAAUAAAGGCCGCUGUUUGAGAAUAUUCAGACCACUAAUCGCGGUGAUCCAACAGAAUAAUUUUUUUAAAGUUUUGCAGUAAUUAAUCCUGCGCUGACUGAGCAUUGAAGAGGAGUUGAGAACACCAAAUAUGAUGUUGAUGACGAUGACGCACAGUUUUAAUGGACAUCUGUGAGCCAAUCAACUAUCAGAACACAACUUUAGACUUGAGGUAAAUCUGGUUGCUCUAAUCAGGACCUCAGUCAACAGGCCGAUGUCCGAGAAGGGUUCAUAUGCCCAGAGGUCUCAGUGUGGAUACGCUGGGUCUUUAAUUAUAUUGUACUAAUAGUGUCAUCAUACCCUUUGUGUGUGUUUGUUUGUUUGUUUUUUCAUAAAAUCUUGCCUAGUGCCUAUCUCAAUUAACGUAAAUUGGUCAUUGAACAUCUGCCAAUCGUUAAUACAUAAUAAUAGCAAACAUGUUCAGGCCACAUAUCUAAUGCAGUAAUUUGGGGAUUGUUGUUAAAACAUUGUUUCAGGUAAAAGGGAUUGUUCUAUUUUUUUUUUUUACUCAACCAAAUCAAAUGUGUACAUUAUCUUUGAUUUUGUGUUUAACCUGUAGUUUGUGAUCGAGAGUAAUAAAGUGCCUCAGCGUCCCCUGUGCUAGAUUUACAGCUAUUUUAAAACUUAUUUUU